CUACCAUCAACGUCCGCCGGAUAUCAUAGUUCCUAUUAUCAACUUAUUUCCCCUUAAACUACACUUAGUAAAUCAUGUCUGAUAAAUGAUUAACAGCCAUUCUGCGCGUCCUGACCAAUCCGUGUUUUUUUUUUCAUCGGUAGACCUUGUCGAAAAAACCCUUGACUCCCCUGGGCACAUGAAACUGGACACCCGAGCUUUCGAGGCCCCUCUUUUCCACGCGGAGGAAUACAUUGUUGCUGCUCACAAUGUGGAUGGAGGUGGUCAAGAUGUCUACUAGAAGAAAGAAUUCACCUCAAUUGUAACAACAUAAAGGAAGUCGUGGCACGGGAUUGUUUGGAUACAGACCUGCAACACUGUAUUUAUGACGUUGGUGUUUUUGUAGGAGGAUGUCAAAGGAGUAAAAACACACAUGGUUGCUCCUCUCCGCUUUUAAUGCGCCGUGCUUCAAAUUCUUUCAAGUUUUAUUGUUUUUCCCUACGAGAUUCAACCUUUCUUUUUGACUGUUGGAUGUAAAACAACCGAUAAACAGAGGGUUCUUUAAAGACAGAGGGUUAUGAACGAGCCUCACCAGAGAAUGGCUACAGUGGGAACAGAUAAAGAACUCAGUGACCUGUUGGAUUUCAGUGCGAUGUUUGCACCCCCUGUGGCUAAUGGGAAGAACAGACCAACCACACUUGCUAGCAGUCAAUUUAGUGGUUCAGGUAUGGAAGAGCGUAGUAGUCCCUGGGCUGCUGGAGAGCAGAACAGUCCCUCUUUUAACCAGAACUAUGGAGAAGGCUCACACUACAAUGAACACGAUGGACUAUCUUCCCCAUUCCUUGGCACAGGAGUUAGUGGAAAGAAUGAAAGGGGGCCUUACUCUUCCUUUGGGGGGCCAGCCUGGGUUCCUGCCCUCAGACAUCGCCAUGCCUUCUUCAGAUGCCAUGUCUCCAUCCGGACUGAAGCCCGGCUCACAGUUUUAUCAGUCAUACCCCAGCAACCCCCGGAGACGCCCCUCAGAUGGAAGCAUGGAACCCCAACCAAAAAAGAUCAGGAAGCCACCAGGACUGCCAUCAUCAGUGAGUGAACUUUCUGAAAUAUUCUUACUUGUUUCCCACUAAAAGUAUUUUAUUGCAGCUUUAAAUGAUCAAAUUUAA